CUUGAAUCCUGCUGGUAUUACGGUGACUUGUUUUGUAAAAUCCAAGAGAGUCUAGAUGUUAUGUUAUGUACUGCUACAAUUUUGCAUCUAUCUUUCAUUUCAAUUGAUCGAUAUUAUGCUGUAUGUGAACCGCUAAAAUACAAAACUAAAAUUAACGUCUGUGUUGCAUUUUACAUGAUUUCAGUUAGUUGGAGUAUUUCAGCUGUUACUGGAUUUGGAAUGAUAUUUCUAGAGUUAAAUAUAAUGGGAAUGGAAGAUGUCUACUAUGACACAUUUUAUUGUAUAGGUAGCUGUAAACUGAUACAGACUGAAGCAUCAAGCAUUAUUUCCUCCACACUCUCUUUUUACAUCCCUGGGUUUAUCAUGAUAGGCAUCUAUUCGAAAAUUUUCCUUGUAGCAAGGAGGCAAGCCAGGACAAUUCAAGGCCUCGUAUCCCAGAGUAAGACCUCCGAAGACAGCAGGAAAACAACUUCAAGCAAGACAGAAAGAAAAGCUGCAAAGACGUUGGGCAUAGUGAUGGGGGUCUUUCUCUGCUGCUGGAUGCCAUUUUUCUUGUGUAAUACCCUGAACGCUACAUUCAAUUAUUCAGUCCCAUCAGUUUUAUUUAACAGUCUUUUGUGGUUAGGCUACUUAAAUUCUACAUUUAAUCCUCUUGUCUAUGCUUUCUUUUACAGCUGGUUCAGAAAAGCUCUUGGUAUGAUUGUGUUUGGUCAAAUAUUUAAAACCGAUUCUUCUAGAACAAAACUAAUUACAGAUUAA